GUACUUAGGUCCUAGGCCAUUGAGUGAUUUAUAAAUGAGUAAAAGUACUUUAAAAUCAAUCAUAAAUGUAACUGGAAACCAGUGUAAGGACCUGAGGACUGGUGUGAUAUGCUCAGAUUUUCUCGUUCUAGUCAGAAUCCUGGCAGCAAUGUUCUGGAUGAGCUGCAGCUGUCUAAUGGUCUUCUUGGAAGCCCGGUGAGGAGACGAUUACAAUAGUCCACCCUGCUGGUGAUAAAGGCAUGAACAAGUUUCUCCAGGUCUUGACUGGAAACAAAACAUCUAAUUCUUGCAGUGUUUUUGAGAUGAUAAUAUGCUGAUUUAGUUACUGCUUUGACAUGACUACUAAAACUAAGGUCUGUCUCGAGAAUCACCCCAAGAUUUUUGACUUGAUUUUUAGUUGUUUGACCCCAAGAGUCAAGGUAUGCAUUCACCUUGAGAACUUAAUCUUUGUUUCCAAAUGCAAUGACUUCAGUUUUCUCCUUGUUUAAGUGUGAAAAUAACCGAAUGAUAUACAGUCAAACCAAAUGAUAUACAGUCAAACCAAAUAUCAUUCAGACACCAAAUAUCAUUUUUGAUAUUUUUUUACUAGUGGGUGCAGGACACUGUAGUUCAUUUAAAUGAGUGAGGAUAGGAAAAUAAAGUAAACUGUGACAUAUUAUAACCAGAAAUUCUUCAUACAGUGGACUACCAGUAAAAUUGAUACAAAUUUGGGACCAAAAAUUAUUCAGACCGAAUCUGGGAAAAAAAUUGAAGUUCAGGUUUGCAUGAACCUGGUUGACAGCAUGCCCAGGAGACUACAGGCUGUCAUUAAGGCUAAGGGUGGCCCGACAAAGUAUUGAUAGUUGUGUAAAUAUUGUCAUAAUAACAGCUGUCUGAAUAAUUUUUGGUUGAUUGUAAUCCAUUAUAUACCUUUCGAUCAAAGUUAUCUGACAUUAUCAAGCUGAAUUUGUUCUGACACAGUUUAACUCCGAGUUCUUGUCAUAUUUUAUUACCAUUUUCUAAACUAUAGCGAAUAAACUGUGAUAAUGUGAGAAAUGUUGAAGGUGUCUGAAUAAAUGUUGGUUUGACUGUACCAAGUUAACCAACUAACAUUAUACAUACUCUUUUGGUUUCUGUACUCAAUAUUUAAAAAAUGUGCAAAUGCAAUGAAAAUAUCGGUAUCGUUACUCCGUAGCAGCAAGUACCAAAAAUAAAAGUAUCGGUAUUGGGCGAGUACUGGAAAAAGUGGUAUCGGUGCAUCCCUAGUAAAAACCCAACCUUUUUUUUAAAGCAGUGUUUGAGAUAUGUGAUAUUACAUUUUUGAGGACUAAAAAAACCCAUUUAUAAUAAGCAUAAAAACACAGUGGUCAGUUCUUAUAUGGGAAGUCCCAUACAAUAUGCUCACCUCAUAUGAAAACAUUUUGCCAAGAAUUUUGGAGAAAUGUGUCAUUAUUGCCCUUUAGAGGCCUAUAAAGAGCUAAUUACUAAGAAGCAGGAAAAAUAAAAAAAAAAUAAAAAAAUUGUCAGUUCUUACAGAGGACGUCCCAUAGGCUAGUAUAUGCACGCCAAAUGAAAACAAUUUGUUGCACCAUUUUAGAGAUAUAUGACAUUAUUACACUUUAGAGAGCUACAAAGACCUCGUUUCUGUUAAUUAGAAGGCAUGACUGACCACUGACCAGUUCUUAUAGGAGAUAUUUCAUAGAAAGUCAUUUUACUAAGGCAUUUUAGAGAAAUUAUUAGUUUUUUUUAUUCUACAAUUUUAACUUUCAAUAAAAUCUAAAACUUAAAAGGUUAAGUUCGUUACAACAAUGGUUUUUAGAUUUCAGCCUACAUGCAGCUAUUCGCUCGGUGCAAGACUCUACUUCCGUUUUACUUCCGCUCCCUCUAGUGUGUGGGUCAAUACUUCUGGCAAGAUGGCAAUGUUUUACAUCAGAUGUCUCCAAGACCUGCCCAAGCUAACCAUAUCAGACGUCCACAGACUCAUCCCAAAUGAAUGCUUUGCCCGCCGGAGUAAACGGGAAAAGGGGUACAAGAUGUACCUUUCAAAUUUUAUUGACAACUAUGAAGGAGCAAGCGCUACAAAGCAGUGCGGGGGGACUUGCCAGACCCAGAUGUCCUGAAGGUCGACGAGGCAUACCAGGACUUCACGGCAGACCUUGCUCUGCUAAUUACCACACUCUCCAUAAGUAGUGAUGUCCCCCUCGUCGAUUCAGCCUUUGGGACCAUUCAAGAAGGCAGCCCUAUUUCAUACCAGCACCCAGUGCCAGUGAGUAGGGUAAUCAUACACCACCCAGACGCACCCCCUCCACCACCCCUGCCGUUAGAUGGUCACAGGCUGGACCCAACCACAUGUUCCUUUGUGUGCACUCACCAACAACACCUAAAUGUAAUGUCGCUUAACAUCACUUUCGACAUGGCAAGAUCCAUCGAGAUGUCCACGAGGGAACAGAGUGGCAGCGCAGAGUGGCACAGCCUGAGGAAGAUGAGGCUCACCUCCUCCAGGUUCCGGGAGGUGUGCCAUGUCCGAGGUCACGGCUCUGCAGAGAACCUUGCAGAACGCAUCCGCAAAGGUGGGGUUCAGACAGCCUUGAUGAAGAGGGGGCUGGCUCUGGAGCCAGUAGCUAUUCAGGAAUAUGCCCACAUUAAAAAUGUCAACUACUGGCCAUCAGGAUUUGUCAUCCAUCCAGAUGCUCCCUGGCUUGGAUCCUCUCCAGAUGGUGUCGUUUUUGAUCCGACGGAGGCACCCCCAUUCGGGCUGGUGGAGGUGAAGUGCCCCAACGUGAAGAGCUAUGUGGACUGUGGGUACCUGCAUAUGCAGAAUGGCGCCUUGCGCCUGAAGCCAGGCCACAGCUACUAUUGGCAGGUGCAAGGCCAGCUGCUUAUCACUGGAAUGCAGUGGUGCGAUUUUGUGGUUUUUGCAGAGGAGGACCUUCUUGUGCAAAGAAUUUACAAGGAUGCGGAGGUCGCUAGGGUUAUAAGGGAGAAGGGUGAUUAUUUCUUUUUCUAUCAUUACUUGAUCUGAUCUUUUAAAAAUCAAUGGUUCGUUCAAUCAGUUCUAUUUCAAUCAGUUGAUAAAUGUUCUUGUUCUGGUUUCUUUUACAAAUCUAUACAA